AUGGAAGAUAAGACACCUAAGGCACAUUGGGAUGCAUUAUCUACUACAACAUUUUGUGAAAUCUGCAUGGAGCAAAAGCGAAAAGGAAAUAGGCCAACCGCUUUCCUUAGUCCGGAGGGGUACACGAAUUUAGGUAGAGAAUUUGGUAUUAAGACAGGGAAAAACUACACGAAGCCACAAUUUAAAAAUAAAUGGGAUUCAACGAAUGCAUUGUACCAAGCAUGGGUGUACUACACUACCAAAGCUACUGGACUUGGUUGGGAUCCGGUGAAGCAAACAAUUACAGCAGAUGAUGCACAGUGGGCUGAAUUCAUCAAGGCUAACAAGCUUAUUGCGGGGUUCAAGAAAGGUCCGCCCGACAACUUGGGGUUGAUGGAGGUCAUGUUUGAGGAUGCCCAUGUUGAUGGAACAUCGGCGGUCAUGCCGGGAGUGCCAAGAGAAGUACCAAAAGAAGUGCCCGCUGAUUUGGUUCAUCUUGUAGAUGAUGAAGGCUAG